CUUUUGGAUUUAAAGUUUAACACUUUAAAGGCUGAGGGUUUACUAAAACUAGAAAACUGAAGUAUACAUCCAUAUCCAAACAACACCCAUCAUCUUCAGAAGAUUUAUAAUCCUUAAAACCCUAAUAGCAAGAAUUUCCUAGUUACGCACACAAAAUUCACUUUCAAUGGGUUCAAGAAAUGCGAAUAAUCUUAACAAAAUGAACAAAAACAAGAAGAAGAAGAAACAAAUCAAAGAUUCCCUUAAAGCCAACCAUGGUGGCGCCGGCGGAGGAGGAGGAAGGGAACUCAUGGAAGACCCUAGAUUCGCGUCCAUACAUACAGACCCAAGGUUCCAGAAAGUUCCAAAGCAGAGAACGAAAGUGGAAAUAGACUCAAGGUUUAGCCGUAUGUUCACUGAUAAAAGCUUUGGUUCAUCUUCAGCCCCGUUAGACUCGCGAGGCAAAGCUAAGAAGCAGAAUUCGGAGAGUUUUCUUCGACAUUAUUAUCACAUCGAAGAAGAAGAAAAUGAAAAAACAAAGAGGGGCUCUAGUGAAGAAGAAAGUGAAAGUGAAGAGGAAUUAAAUAAAUUUGAUAAUGUGGCAGCGGAAAGCGAAUCCAGUAGUGAGUUAGAGGCUUCGGAAUCGGAGGAUGAAACGACUACUGAUGAAGAGGAUGAUGAGGAGUUGGAGAUUGAGGACGAUGGGUCUGAUGUAGAGGUGGAAAAUAUUCCAACAAUUGAAGAUGGAACUCAUAGGCUUGCUGUUGUUAAUCUGGAUUGGAGGCAUGUUAGGGCUGUUGACUUGUAUGUAGUAUUGCGCUCAUUUCUUCCAAAAGGUGGAGACAUUUUGUCUGUGGCUGUCUAUCCAUCUGAAUUUGGUCUACAACGUAUGGAGGAGGAAGAACUUCAUGGCCCUGUUGGCUUAUUUGAUGAUGAGAAAAAGAAGAAUGAUGAAGACGAAGACGAAGACGAAGAUGAUGAAAUUGACGAAGAGAAAUUGCGUGCUUAUGAGAAAAGUAGGCUGAGGUACUACUAUGCUGUAGUGGAAUGUGAUUCUGUUGCAACAGCAGAACAUCUUUACAAAGCUUGUGAUGGAGUUGAGUUUGAAAGAUCAUCCAAUGUGUUCGAUCUUAGAUUUGUUCCCGACUCAAUGGAAUUUAAGCAUCCACCUCGUGAUAUUGCUAAGGAGGCACCUACAAGCUAUGAAGGAUUAGAUUUCCAUACCAAAGCACUGCAACACAGUAACAUUCCUAUUUCUUGGGAUGAAGAUGAACCACAGCGUGUAAAGACCUUAAAACGAAAAUUUACUGCAGAUCAGCUGGCUGAAAUGGAGUUGCAGGAAUUUUUAGCUUCUGAUGGGAGUGAAAGCGAUGAUGAUGGGAAUGAUGACAAUGCAGAAGGUGAAGCGGAUAGAAAGGAGAAAAAAAGGGAUAAGUAUCGUGCUUUAAUUCAGUCUGGUGAUGGUUCAGAUGGAGAGGAUGAGGAAGAAGGCCAAGAGAUGGAGAUUACUUUUAACACUGGCUUGGAGGGUUUAAGCAAGCGAAUCCUAGAAAAAAGGGAUAAGAAAUCUGAAACUGUUUGGGAAGCUCACCUCAGGAAACAACAAGAGAAAAAGAAAGCACGGAAAAAGAGAUCCAAGUAUUCAUCUGAGGAUGAGAGUAGCGAUGCUGAUGAAGAAAUGAUAGAAGAAGCAAAUGACUUCUUUGUUGAAGAACCAUCAAUCAAAAAGGGGAAGAAGGAUGCCCAGGCUAAGGGCAAUAAAGAAGAAAAGCAACUUCUGGAUACUGAUAAAGAAGCAGAAGCAAGCAAAGCAGAGCUUGAGUUGUUACUUGCUGAUGAUAAUGAAAUUGAUAAUGGUAUAAAGGGAUAUAAUUUAAAACGUAAAAAGGCAAAGGGUAAAAGAGGGAAAGAAGUUCCAGAUGAGAAUAAAUUACCAACUGUUGAUUAUGAUGAUCCGCGGUUUUCAGCUCUCUUCAAUUCACCUCUUUUUGCAUUGGAUCCUACAGAUCCACAGUUCAAAAGGAGUGCUGCAUAUGCUAGGCAGAUGGCACAGAGGCAGCACAAGGGUGACCGGCAAGAAUUGGCUGAAGGAGAGCAUAAGAAACAACCUGCAAAAUCUCAGUUGCUCUCAGAUGAGCCAGAUGCAAACAAAAAUGAGCACCUGACUUCUGAUGCUGCCUCAUCAAAGAAGGAAAAGCACGAGCUAUCAGCAUUAGUAAGAUCCAUUAAGAUGAAGUCCAAGCAAGUUCAGCUGCCAUCAAAUGGUAAGACUAAGAAGGAUGAGAAAAUACAAUUUAGAGACAAAAGAAAUGGAGAAGGCCAAAAUUAUACAAAAGUGAAAUCCUAUGUUUCUUAACUAGUACAGAAGAGUAGGCAACGGCAGAAGCAGAGGCAUGAGUAGAAGAGUUUAGCUCCAUUGAUGUAUUGUAAAAAAUGGAGUUGGUCUUUUUUAUUUUUUUCUCUAAAUCUUUUAUGCCCAUUGGGUUUUGGUUUUUGGGGUUUAGAUUUCUUAGAAAUGGUGGGAGAUUUCUGGAUGUGCAUUUGGAAUGGCAAAAAGGAAAAAGAAAGCAUAGGUGUAAACAAUAUGGAUGAGUUAUAAAAUUUAUUAAACCUACAAUUUUGAGUUA